AUGGAUUCCAAUCCUAGUCUUAAUUCAUUGCUCUCAAUCAUUAUAACCCUCAUCUUGGUCCAGGCGCCGGCGGCAACUUUCUGUCAAAAUAAUGAGUAUGUGAGCUGCGGUGACUCAUUCAGCUGCGCCAAUAUAGAAAACAUAGGCUACCCUUUCUGGGGAGGAAGCCGCCCGGCCUACUGCGGCCACCCGGCUUUUGAGCUGAACUGCAGUAAUGAGUUCCCAGAAAUCGCUAUCCGAUCAGUACAGUACAGAAUUUUCAAUAUUAGCAACCAGUCACAGACUGCCAAAAUUGCCAGAAAUGAUCUGUUAAACAAUAUAUGUCCCUGGCAUCCUCAAAACGCAUCCUUGGACUUCAACCUCUUCAACUACGUUCCCUCUGGCGAUCAGAACAUCAGUCUGUUCUACGGUUGCAGCACCGUCGAAAAGCCUGCUCUCAACUGCAGUGAACCCAAUAAUUCCACCUUCCUCUGCAACAACGAAAACCCUCCCCCCGUCGUUGAUCCAUCUCGUGAUUCUGGUCCAACUUCCCACCUCUUCAACUGCACUGAAUCGAAUGGCGGCAAUUCCAGCCAUUGCAAUAUCAUUAUUAAAAACCAAGCGUCCUUUGCUUCGAUUCCCCAUAUCUUCAACUGCAGUGAAGGCAAUUCCAGCUUCGGUGUGUAUGGCCUCGGAAUAGGAUCAUUGGACAAUGUAAGGUGCGGGAUUCGGGUCGUUGUUACUGUCACUCAAGGAGCUUUUGAGGCUUUAGGUAAUGCUUCAGAGGAGUUGAUAAGAACAUCCAUGGCGAGCGGUUUUGCUGUGGAGUGGAAAGUAAAUAAUAGCUUAUGCGAGGAGAGCAUGAGGUCAGGGGGACGAUGCGGCUCCAAUGCCAAUCUCAUUUCAACACAAUUUGUUUGCUACUGUGCCAAUCCAACUUUUUCAUCCACCUGCACCAACAUUCGCAGUCACACUAAUGGUGGUAACAAUGGUAUGCUCCCUGCCCUUUUCAUUGUCCUUAGCUUCCUUAUCUCUUUACUUACUCUUUCACCUCAGUAUAAAAAUUUCAUUAAUUUUGCAAAUUCAAAAGUUUCUCCAAUAGUCAGUCUGUGA